UUUCUUUGUAUUGGUGACACCUCCUAGACAAUAUUAAUGCAGCUAUGCUGGAUAGGAAGCCCUUAGACCAGAAGGAAUUUCUAAAAUGACUGAACUUCGAACAUGAAGCUAGGAUGAUACCAAAAUAGCAAAUGAAGGGGAAAAAAAAUAAUAAAUAAGAUACCCUUGAAAGUUCAUUAUUUGUUGUAUCUGUUUACUCUGUCAUGUCAAGCUGCCAGAUUUUAAUCAACUAACUCUUUGAUUUUCAUUAAGCUUGUCUGCAAAGGUAGCCACUUGCUGACACAUGUUCUGUAGAUACAAGUGUUUUUUCGUUUGUCUGAGGAGUAGAUGUGUUCCUAUCUCACUGGGCAACAGAACCCAUAACAAAUAAUAAGGCAAACUGUGAGAAGGACUUUCAGAUGUCAUUGGAAGUCUUCCCACAGGCCUUAGUGAGGUCUGAUCAUGUCCUAUGAAGAAUUACAAAGGUUAUCACUUUUCUUUUACCAAGCAUUCACUGAAAAAAACCCCACAUUUGUUGAUGAAAGAAGAAGUUUUAUCCUGAAGCCUACUACCAGCAGAUAAAGGAUUGGUCCUGUGAUGCCUGUAGCUGUGGCCAGUGGAAUAAAUCCGUAUGCUCAGUGAAAGCAGUCAAAGGUAACAAGUGACAGGACAAGAGGAAAUGGCCUCAAGUUGUUCCAGGGAAAAAACCUCUUCACAAAAAAGGUGGUCAAGAACUGAACCAGGCUGCCCACAGAAGUGAUUGAGUCUCCAUCCUUGGAGGUAUUUAAAAGGAAUUUUGGCCACAGAGAAGAAAAUUGAAUAUGAUGAAGAACGAAGAAACAAGUUUUAAUGUGGACAAUACCCGAGCCUCUCCCUUUUCUCACUGCCUGCAGCCACUCAGCCCCAUUACAAAGCCACACAGAACAACUCAAUUUGAUGAAGAAUUCAGGACACACCUCUCUCAUUUCCGCUAUGGUCCUCCUCCUCUUGAAAACAUGGAAACAUUCCCGGGGUCCUUGGAAGGAGGGUCUCGUAAACGCAAGAGCAUGCCAACAAAAAUGCCUCCUCCCAUCACCAUUGAGGAUUCCUCAUCAUCACCAGAUAGAGCUGAAGAUCACAAUGACAUAGGCUCUUCCAGUCUCCCCUUGGUGUUCCAACAGCCAGCUCAGCCCAAGUACAGUUCCCAGAUGAUUGACCUCUGCAACUUUGGUUUUCAGUUCUACAGAACUCUGGAGCAUUUUGGAGCCAAGCCCAUUAAGCAAGAACCAGUGAAGCCUAACAUGGCAUGGCCCAGUGGCCCAGCAUUCAUGCAGGCUCCUUACCCUUAUUAUCCUAAAGUCCACCCUGGCUUAAUGUUUCCUUUUAUUGUACCACCAAACUUUCAUUUCAGGAACCCUUUUCAAAUGAAAAGACCUCCAGAACCCCCCUUUAGGAGGACUGAAGUAAGAGAAAGUGGUGAAAACAAACAGAAAGUGGAAAGAGUAGAUGUCAACCUUCAGAUAGAUGACAGCUACUAUGUUGAUGUGGGGGGUGAACAGAAACGCUGGCAAUGUCCAAUGUGUGAGAAAUCCUAUACAUCCAAGUAUAAUUUGGUCACCCAUAUCUUGGGUCACAGUGGCAUUAAGCCACAUGCUUGCACCCGGUGUGGCAAGCUUUUCAAGCAGCUGAGCCACUUGCACACACAUAUGUUGACACACCAGGGCACCCGGCCACAUAAGUGCCAGGUGUGCCACAAGGCUUUCACUCAAACCAGUCACCUUAAGAGACACAUGAUGCAGCACAGUGACAUCAAACCUUACAACUGCAGGAUCUGUGGCAGGGGUUUUGCCUACCCCAGUGAGCUGAAAGCACACGAGUCUAAGCACGAGAGUGGGCGAGAAAACAUUUGUGUGGAGUGUGGUCUGGACUUUCCAACUCUGGCCCAGCUGAAGAGACACCUAACCACUCACCGUGGCCCUAUACAGUACAAUUGCACCGAAUGUGAUAAGACCUUCCAAUACCCAAGCCAGCUGCAAAACCACAUGAUGAAGCACAAAGACAUCCGCCCAUACAUCUGCACUGAAUGCGGCAUGGAGUUUGUGCAGCCUCACCACCUGAAGCAACACUCCCUGACUCACAAGGGUGUGAAAGAGCACAAAUGUGGAAUUUGUGGCCGGGAAUUUACCCUGCUGGCCAACAUGAAGCGACAUGUCCUGAUUCACACCAAUAUCAGAGCCUAUCAAUGCCAUUUGUGCUUCAAGAGCUUUGUGCAAAAGCAGACUCUCAAGGCCCAUAUGAUUGUUCACUCUGAUGUCAAACCCUUUAAAUGUAAGCUAUGUGGAAAGGAGUUUAACAGAAUGCACAAUUUAAUGGGACACAUGCACUUGCACUCAGAUAGUAAACCAUUUAAGUGCCUCUACUGUCCCAGCAAAUUCACCUUGAAGGGGAACCUAACCCGGCACAUGAAAGUCAAACAUGGGGUCAUGGAAAGAGGAUUUCACUCUCAAGGUUUUGGAAGAGGAAGGAUUGCUCUGUCCCAGAGCAAUGUCUUGAGAAGCUUGGAACAGGAAGAGCCAUUUGAUCUUUCCCAGAAAAGCCAAGGGAAGGGAAUCUCAUUUCAUUCUGAUGGUGAGAGUGCCAAGGGAAGCUCAUGCCAGGAAGAAGAAGAAGACAACUGCUAUGGGGCAGAGCGGUACAGCCCUGCCACGUACCACCAUGAUGACAACAAGCUGUACAUGGCUCAAGAUCUCUCUGGCAAACCUGAGUGCAUGAUGAAGGACUUCAGAGAGUCCUACUGCAAUGAGAAGGAAGAGGCGUUAAGUGAGGGAGGACUGGGGAAGAGAAUAGGAAAUUCAGACAAAGAGGAGAGAUGUGGAGAGGGAGAGCUUGCAAACAACAAAGAACAUCUCAGCUUUAGAUCCUUUGAAAAGGCCAGACUUGGUCACUCUCUCUCUGAUUACUUGUAUUUCAAGCACAGGAACAAGAGUUUGAAAGAAUUGCUGGAAAGAAAAAUGGAAAAACAAACAAUGCUUAUAGGCAUUUAAAAUGGACAUUUUAAAACAGCUGGAAAAUGGUAGCAAGAGAAAUUUUAACAUGAAUUGUAAGCUACUAAAGCCUGGAAGUCUGUAGUAGUAUUUAGAAAUAAAUAAGCCAAAUUAUUAAAAAUAAUUUAGGAUAAAACACAUACAUUACAAGAAUAAAGCAACUCAAGGUCACCAAGAAAUGCAAUAGAUAUUGAAAAAUAACACUUUUAUAUUUAUCCAUUUAAUGUAUAACAGACAAUGGGUUGGGUACAGAAGUUUACUUCCUAUUAUAUGGGGAUAGAUACUUACAUGCAAUUUUCUACUUAGCAAAAAGCACCAUACUUUAGCAUCUGAUUUAUUAUCUGACUAAAUAUAUAUGAACACUUCUAACCAUAUGCCUCAAAAAUAUCUGAAAAUAUGAAGUAUUUCACAUUAUAAGACAGAGUACUAUUAAAAAUGGCAUGCACGAAAAUGCUGUCAACAUUCAGAACUAAUACAGCGCAAAUACUUUGAUUUACUGAAGUGACUCUAUGUUCAACUACUUACAAUGAAAAAUGGGAAACAAAUUAAUAGAAAUACUAAUGUCUUGAGAGGCAGUAAAAUUCUGUAAGGCUUUGAAAGGACUGGAAUUUAGUACAAAAGCUAGACCUCUGGCACAAGGAAUGUUCAUGCUUUGCUGUAUUUCAACCAGUAUGAGAGUAUUUAGAAAUUCUUGAAGUGAAAUAGCAUUCAUUGACAUUUUGUUCUACUGCCUGCUUAGACCAAUACGUUUACUGGGCAGCAUCAGCAUGCAGCAUUCACAAUCUUGCCAUAGUUACACAUAACACGGUGCGAGUAAUUUAAUUGAAAAAAAUUAUGCAGCUUUGCCAUUUUUC